AUGUCGUUCAUUCUUGCCUACCGAAAACCGAAAGAGAAGCUGGCCAGGGCUCGGGCGCGUGCACCCAGUUUCUCCGGGCUCCAUGAAAAUAUCUCGAAGCUCAAAUCGAAGCCCUACAGGCUGUUGAAGUUCGAAGAAUUACCUGAAUGGUAUCAAGAUAAUCACUUCACACGGUCGGGCUAUCGACCGCCUGCCAACUCAUGGCUCAUUUGCGUCCUGUCCCUGGGACACCUCCACAACGAGUCGGUCAAUAUCUACAGCCAUCUUAUUCCGGCCUUUUGUCUGGCCGCGGGCCAAGUUCUCGUCUACCGCGGCCUCGGGUACUUUUACCCUGAGGCGUCGGUGGCCGACUACGCCGUCUUCAGUAUCCAGGGCGGCGCUUCCAUCGUCACCAUGCUCUUUUCCUCCACCUACCACACAUUGAUCUGCCACUCCAAAGAUGUUGAGAACCUGAUGCUGCGGCUCGACUACGUGGGGAUCCUUACGCUGAUCCUGGGUAGCUUCUUCUCCGGGAUCUACGUGGGGUUUUAUUGCGAGCCGCUGCUUCGUUGGAUCUAUUGGAGCAUGAUUAUCUCCCUCAGCCUGAUCACGGCCACACUGGUCCUGCACCCACGGCUGCAAGGCUUGAAAUACCGAGGCCAUCGAACCUGGGCGUUCAUACUCACCGCGCUGUCGGGCUUCGCACCUAUUAUUCACGGCCUCUACCUCUACGGCUGGAACGAGAUGUGGGUGCGCUCGGGGAUGCCCUACUGGCUUCUGGAAGGCCUCGUCUAUGGGACCGGCGCCUUCUUCUUCGUGACUCGGAUACCCGAAUCAAUAUGGCCGGGCGACUUUGACAUCUGGUUUUCAUCGCACCAACUCUUCCAUGUCUUCGUGGUCAUCGCAAGUCAGGUACAUCUGUAUGGGGUGUGGGCGGCUUUUGAUUGGAACUACCAGAACCAAAGAGUCUGCCCUGCGAUCGGGCUGUAG